CCCUGGGAACCUCGGACCUUCUCCUCAGGAGAUGGUGACAUUCAAGGAUGUGGCUGUGGACUUCACCCAGGAGGAGUGGGGCCUCUUGGACCAUUCUCAGAAGGAGUUGUAUAAGGAGGUCAUGCUGGAGAAUGCAAGGAACCUGCUCUUCCUGGGAUUUCAAGUUCCCAGAGAAGAUGUGAUCUUUUAUUUUAACCAAAGGGAAGCACCAUGGAUGCUGAACCAAGAAGGCCAGAGGAGCUGCCCUCCAGAAGAUUCAAUGGAACUUGAAAUGAAGGAAACUGCUGCAGACUUAAGCCUUUAUGUGGCAGAAAGUCACAAGCAAAGAUUCAUGAGUGAUGGUCCCUGUGACUUGCCUUGGAGAGAAAUCUGUGUGACAAGUGAGAUCAUGAACUCUGGAGAGAAGGAAGAUAAAAUAGCUUUUAGAAAAAGGAGAGCUUUUGCUAGACUUCAGGGUAUCCACAUUGGAGAGAAACUCUACGAAUGUAAACAGUGUGGAAAGGCUUUUGCAAAAAAGGGCAGUGUUAUUGUACAUCAGAGAAUUCACACUGGAGAGAAAACACAUGCAUGUUACCAAUGUGGAAAGGCCUUUAAGCGAAUGGAAAGCCUUACUGCCCAUCAGAGAAUCCACACUGGACAGGAACCUUAUGAAUCUUACCAAUGUGGAAAGGGUGUUAUAGACAGUAGAUCACUUAUUCUACAUCAGGCAUUUCACAUUGGGGAAAAGCCAUAUGAAUGUAACCAAUGUGGAAAGGCCUUUAGGCAAAGGGCAUCUCUUACUGUACAUCAGCCCUUGAAGCUCCUGGAAAACCCUUCACAGACUCUUGUCGCAGCAGCCUGGGAGCAGAUCCUGGAAGACUUCCCAAUUCUUGUCCUGGGCAGUGUGCUCAUCAGAGCAGGAACUGUCCUCCUGGGGCUGCUCAUGUACUUCUGCCUCAGGUCCCACAAGCCUAUUCAGGUCUCCCCAAAUCCCUCUCCUUGA